UUACCUUUCUGGCAGUAUUCUUGGUAAAAGUAUAUCGUUGGUUAAGGAGAAAGCUAUCGAACUGUUAAGUGUGUUGGCGAUCGAACUGUCCAUCAUCUGUUCCUUCUCAGCUGGUGGUGUCCCAAUAGUCAUGCUAAUUCAGUUCUAAUGAGACUUUUGGGGAUUGGUUCUGGUCAAGAGGUUGCAUUUAUAAAAAAUAAUGGGUGUCAGUUACUUAUUAAUCUCAGCAAUCUGUACGGUGCUAAGCUUGGUAGGGCUUGAAUGGUGGACGGAAUCCAAACUAUACCAAUUCAAGUUAGAUGGCUCCAUUGGCGAUAAUAUUCAUUCAGAGAAUGCUAGCCAUGCACUAGAGCUGCUUUUGGGUUCACAUGUCACAAUUGCGCUGCUAGCAAAUUUUAUACUCAACUUAUUCAUUUUAGUCAUUCUCUGUCUUAAGACUAUAUUUUUUGUGAAGCUGUAUCCAUCAGAGGCUCGAAAAGUGGUGGAACGCCUUAUUAACUAUGUUAUUUACAAGGGGACAUUUCUUCCAUUGGUAAUCCCUCCAACGGUAUUUCAAGCUUGCAUGUGGUUAACGUGGUUGACAGUUCUUUGUUCCUUGAAGAUGUUCCAAGCAUUGGCUAGAGACCGGCUUGAACGGUUGAAUGCAUCUCCUUCUGCAACUCCAUGGACAUAUUUUCGUGUUUUUUCAGUCUUCUUGUUGGUUCUCUCCAUCGAUUUCUUCGGGAUAAAGUUGUGUCUCAUGAUAUACAAAACCUUGGGUUCAACAAUGUUUCUGCUGUUGUUCUUUGAACCACUGGGUAUUGCUUUUGAGACAUUGCAGGCCAUUAUGGUUCAUGGAUUUCAGUUACUUGAUAUAUGGCACCGUCAUUCGGCGGUAAGCAGCCCAGAUUGUCAAGGAUCCCAAUUUUUUGAUAGAUCGGCAGCAGGUUCUUUAUGUGAAUGGAAGGGCAUUCUUAUUCGGAAUUUUGGUUUUUUCCUAGACAUGAUGACCUUGUUAAUGGCCCUUGGUCAUUACUUGCAUAUUUGGUGGCUUCAUGGCAUGGCAUUUCAUCUUGUGGAUGCAGUCCUUUUCCUAAAUAUACGUGCUUUGGCUAGUACCAUAUAUAAGCGGAUCAAAGGAUUUGUCAAGCUGAGGUUAGCUCUAAAUGCCCUUCAUGAGGCUCUUCCUGAUGCGACUUCUGAAGAGAUACGAGCAUAUGAUGAUGAAUGUGCUAUUUGUAAAGAACCGAUGGCAAAGGCUAAAAAGCUAUCUUGCAAUCACCUUUUUCAUCUUGCAUGCCUGCGGUCUUGGUUGGAUCAGGGUCUGAGUGAGAUUUAUUCCUGCCCUACAUGUCGAAGGCCACUCUUUGUGGUCAGACCUGAAGAAAAUACUAAUCCCCAUACUGGAGAUGUAACAGAUAAUGAGCAACUUGCUCAUCAAAUUGGUUCAGGAUCAGAGUGGCAAAACACAUCUGGACAUGCACUUCCUAUUGGGGCAUUCUCAAACUUGCAACAGAACCCCUCAGAAAGCUUCCCCUGGAGGGGGAUGGGGCUUGAUUCAAGUUGGGUUCAUCCUUGGCCAAACCAGGGCCUCGAUGGUGCUGGCCCUUCUACUGCAAUUAGAUCAGUUGGACUGGGUAGAGUUCAGAUGAUGAUGAGACACCUCACAUCUGUAGGCGAAAACUAUGCCCAGACUGCCCUUGAAGACGCUCCUUGGAGCCUUUGGCCUGUGACCCACCCUCAAGCUGUUCCAGGUUCCUCUGUUCCAUCUGUUCCAACUGCUGUAAGAUACGCUGGAAAUGCUGGUGGUUUAACUUUUAGAAGUGUGUCUCCCUCUGCUAAUGACAAUAUAUCAAGUAUACUUGCGAUGGCUGACACAGUACGGGAGGUGCUGCCUCAUAUUCCUGAUGAUUUAAUUUUUCAGGACCUGCAGAGAACAAAUUCUGUAGCUGUUACUGUGAAUAAUCUUCUUCAGAUAUGAUUUUUCGUUACCAGUAUGUUUUUUUGUGGUACCAAUUUCCUUGGUCGGAGAACUCAAGGAGGUCAGGAGCAGUGUAUAUUCUAAAUACCAGAAGGUCAGGGCUCAUGCAUUUAUCGCAGAAACCCUCUCCCUCUCUCUCUCUCUCUCUCUCUCUCUCUCUGUCUGAGUUGUUUUUUCCUCGGGCUAUAUCCUUAUCCUUAUGCCUCAGUAUUGUAUAUAGGGAGUUAACUUAUUACAUCAGGAGCUACUGAUAAAAACUCAUAAAAAUUGUGCAAUUCAGAGUUAUUUUGAAAAUAAAAUGCUGUUUCUCACA